AUCUGCGUCUGCAAUUUGCAAGCCAUGGCAGCCCACAUGGAGCCUCAAGUUUGCCAAAUUUGGAUGGGAGCUCAGACCGGCAUUUUGAAGGGAAUAGAUUUGAAAAAGAAUGCAGCAUCCAAUUUCACUGACCUCACAACUUUAGAGAAGGAUAAAGAAAUCACGUCCAUAUGCUGGUCUGGAGCUGAUGAAAGACAGGUACUUCUUGGUUUGAGGAAUGGCACUGUACGAACGUUUGACCCCAAGAAGCUGGUCUAUGAUGAGGACUUUGUUGAAUGUGAUAGAGAGGGAGGUCUCUUCAAAGGGCUAGCCUCUCUAGAUGACGAGAGACUUAUCACUUGUCAAGAAUCAGGAAUGGUCAGAGUGUGGCAGAAAGGCAAGCCAGAACAUAUAACUGAAAUCAAAGCUGGUGCUAACUUGUCUAGGAUGAGGCAGAAUCCUCAUAAAAGGCAGUGUAUAGCAACUGGUGGAAAAGAGAAUGACCUCAAAGUGUGGGAUCUUGAACGUCCAGAUGAUCCAAUAUUCAAAGCAAAAAAUGUGAGGAAUAGCUUUCUAGACCUGAGGGUUCCUGUAUGGGUGAAUGACAUGCAGUUUCUAGCUAACUCAUCAAAAGUUGUAACCUGCACAGGUCAUUGCCAGGUGAGGUUAUAUGAUCCGAGUUCAACCCAGAGAAGACCUGUUCUAGACAUUCCAUUUGAUGAGUAUCCUAUCAUCUCAAUGGCUUUGGUUCCUGGUGAUAACUCAGUACUGGUUGGAAAUACACAAGGUCGAAUGGCAGAAAUAGAUCUGAGAAAAGGUCAAGUAGGGAGGAUAUAUAAAGGUUUUGCAGGGAGUAUACGAGACAUGCAGUGCCAUCCAACCCUACCUCUAGUUGCUUCAUGUGGUCUGGAUCGAUUCCUCAGAGUACAUGACAUACAGGAUGGCUCUAUUAGAAGCAAGAUUUAUCUCAAGUCAAAACUGAAUUGUUUGCUAUUUUCAACCCGAGAUUUCACCCAGGAUGAAGAUAUGCUAGAGGCGAGCAAGAAGGGAAAGAAGAAGACAGCGGGAGAAGAGGGAGAUGAAGAGAGUGAAGCGAUCUGGAAGAAGAUGAAGACGAUAACUGAAGGGAAUCAAAAGAGUGAGAAGAAGAGGAGGAAAACCAAGGAGAUGGGUGAAGCACAAAGAAAAGACGGUUUAGCUGGGAAGAAAAAGAUGAGAUCUAGUAGGGCGUGGGAAACCUGAAGACUAAAGACUAGUAAUUGUAUUGUAAGGAUCACACACAGGUGACACAUGAGAAGUUGAGUUCUUGUACAGAUGGUGCCCACUCACUACAUUAGCUUGGGAAUUCAGUUCUUCAAAGUAAAAAAAAGAGUCUUCUCUUAGAGGACUAUCAGCAGCUUGGGACUAUUGAUUGCAGGAUAAAGUUACAGUGUAUGAUUCACAAGACCUAGUUUGCAAGCACAAACCCUUGCAAUAGUGAAUAACACAGUCUGAAUGGAAAGUCUGAACCUCAUAAGCCCUUUACUUUUAGCUGGUUGAUCAUGAUUUUCUUGGACACUUCUUAUCAUUGUCUUCUACCUACAUGUAUAUUGAAGUAAAUUAUAUAAAUAUAUAAAUAUAAAAUCCUCCACAUACCUAUGGUAUGAAUAUUUGAUCGCAGGUCUGACUUUCAUUCAUCCAUGCAAUAGAAAUAUGAGUAAGUGUAUAUUACAUUUUGAGGGUUCAGUGACACAAAGACGUAACUCCACAUUUUGCCAAAACAAGUAUUUGAUAUCAAAAUGUUCAGGAAAAUGUGAGCUUUCCAGGAAACACAAAUACUUAACUCCACCCAACACCCCAUUGAAGUCAAUGGCUAGUGAAACAUAGACAUAGACUUCACUUGAGGCCCAAGUGCUUAGUAACACAUAAACCACUUAUUCUCAAAAUGCCAAAAAUGGUGUCACUGACCCCUCGAUAACAUGUGUGUAUCAACAUGAAUGGAGCAAGCAAAGAACACACCCGCACACAAAAUACAAUGAAUAUUAAUAAAAUGUUUAGUUAUUAUUUUAAAAAAGAGACAAUAGAAGGAAAUUGAAGAAAAAAAAGGAAGGCAUAAAAGUAUUUUCUAAAAGAAGAUAUAAAUAUAAAAUGUAUUUCUGAUUUAAGGAUGAUUAAAGAAAUUCUUAAAAAAAACAAGAAAAUCAGUUAAAUCUUGAAAUCUGUUGUUUCUGUCAUGUAAAUGUAUUAAAGUACUACAGUGUACCUAUAAUGGAUUUUGAAUGUUUCAUUAUGUUGAUUGUUAUCAUGUGUGUAUACUACACAAAUCUGAUAUUAAAACUAAUCUGCUAUCUCA